GCUUGUCCUAGAGCGCUCUUCGCUCCACGGAGCACUCAGAAGCUGAAGUCACUCCAACAUGCUGGAGCAACUCCUGAUCCAUCAGCCUGAGGACCCCAUCCCCUUCAUGAUCCAGCACUUGCAUAAAGACAACGACAAUGUGCCCAGGAUUGUAAUAUUAGGUCCACCUGCCUCGGGGAAAACAACGAUAGCAAUGUGGCUCUGCAAACAUCUGAACAGCAGUCUCCUCACCCUGGAGAACCUGGUCUUAAACGAGUUUUCCCUUACGGCCACCAAAGCCAAAAGGCUUUAUCUGCAAAGGAAGACAAUUCCCAGCGCGCUGCUCGUCCAACUGAUUCAGGAACGCCUGGCUGAAGAGGAUUGCGUCAAGCGG